UGGCCAAUUUUAUAUCAACUGGCAAGACGAUUGGUGAAAUAGUCGACUCCGCUGUUUCGUCAGUGCUCUGUGUUGUGACUGUCAAAACGCAAGGAAACUGAGCGAUUCAACCAGACGCACGGUGAGUGAUUGGAGAGACCAUGGCUACCGACUCUCCCCGUCGACCCAGCCGCUGUACAGGUGGAGUUACGGUGCGAGCACAGGCUGCCACAGAGCAUUCCUAUAUGGAGAGUGUUGUUACAUUUCUGCAGGAUGUUGUUCCACAGGCUUACACUGGUGCAGGGCCCACAGAUGAAAAGGAAAAAAUUGUAUGGGUCAGGUUUGAAAAAGCAGAUAUUAAUGACGUGGCCAGGUCCCCUGAGUUCCGUGAAAUGCCCAGUACUGGCAGCGACCCUCCAGUGCUGCUAAUGAUGGGUUACUCUGACGGGAUGCAGGUCUGGAGUGUAUCUAUUAGUGGAGAAGCUCAGGAGCUCUUCUCUGUACGCAAUGGACCGGUUCGAGCAGCGCGAAUUCUACCAGCACCGCACAUAAGUCCUUUGAAAGUUGACAGUUUUGUAGAGAAGAGAGCCCUGCUUGGUGUGUGCAAAAGUACAGGCUCUUCAGGCACCAGCCCUCCUUACUGCUGCGCGGAUCUGUAUUCACUGCGAACAGGAGAGAUGGUGAAGUCCAUUCAGUUCAAAACGCCGAUCUAUGAUCUGCACUGCAACAAACAGAUCCUCGUUGUUGUUCUUCAAGAAAAGAUAGCUGCGUUUGAUAGCUGCACUUUCACAAAGAAAUUCUUUGUCACAAGUUGCUACCCAUGUCCAGGGCCUAACUUGAACCCAAUUGCCCUGGGAAGUCGCUGGCUUGCCUAUGCUGAGAAUAAGCUGAUCCGGAGCCACCAGUCUCGAGGAGGGGCCUGUGGAGACAAUGCCCAGUCUUACACUGCCACGGUCAUUAGUGCUGCCAAAACGCUGAAGUCGGGGCUCACCAUGGUGGGGAAGGUGGUGACCCAGCUGGCCAGCACUCAGCCUGCAGGAGCCGCAGACGAGGAGGUGACCCCACACAGCUCAGCCCGCCGCAGCCCACACGCUCCCGGCAUCGUCACCAUCAUCGACACCCAGAGCGUGGGGGAAGGACAGGUAGUUCUUGUCAGCGAAGACUCGGACGGGGAGGGGCUUGUGGCUCAUUUCCCUGCUCAUGAUAAACCAAUCUCCUGCAUGGCUUUUAAUGAGAGUGGAAUGUUGCUUGUUACUGCUGACACACUAGGCCACGAUUUCCACGUUUUUCAAGUUCUGACUCACCCGUGGUCCUCGUCACAGAGUGCCGUGCAUCAUCUGUACACCCUCCACAGAGGGGAGACGGAGGCCAAGGUCCAGGAUAUCUGCUUCAGCCCUGACUGCAGGUGGGUGGUGAUCAGCACACUGCGGGGCACGUCGCACGUCUUUCCCAUUAACCCCUAUGGAGGGCAGCCAUGUGUGCGGACUCACAUGUCUCCCCGCGUCGUCAACCGGAUGAGCCGCUUCCAGAAAAGUGCUGGUUUAGAAGAGAUUGAACAGGAGCUCACCUCGAAGCAAGGCGGCCGCUGCAGUCCGGUUCCUGGCUUGUCGGGCAGCCCUUCGGGAUCCCCGCUUCAUGCGAAGUUAAGCAGCCAGGACACCAACAACAGCAUGGGCAACCCGCGGCUGUCUCCCCUGCCCAGUCUCACCAUAGUGGUGCCGCUGGCCCAGAUCAAGCAACCUAUGACACUGGGCACCAUCACCAAACGCACAGGCAAAGCCAAACCAGCCCCACAGAUUUCACCCAGCAAGUCGACUGGAGGGGAGUUCUGUGUCGCUGCCAUCUUUGCAUCCUCGAGGUCCUGGUUCAUAACGAACCCAAACAUGAAGCGAGAGAAAGAUCAGUCCAGGCAGCCUGUGGUGGACUCCCUCUAUAUUCUCAGUUGCUACGGUAACCUGGUGGAACAUGUGUUGGAGCCCCGCCCAAUCAACACCGCGCAGAAGAUCAGCGAUGACACGCCUCUGGAGCUCGUCACCUGUCCUCGAGCUAGCUGGACACUCGGCAGAACACCACAAUGGAAUGAACUUCAACCACCGUUUAACACAAACCACCCAUUGCUCCUGGCUUCAGACGCUGUGCAGUACUAUCAGUACCUUCUGUCUGGCUUGAUGCCCCCUGGAAGCCCUGGACCAAUCACCCGACACGAGUCCUACAACAGCCUGGCGUCUGAGCACAGCAGGCAGGAAGAUGAGGAGUGGCUUUCUCAGGUUGAAAUCGUGACCCAUACUGGACCACACAGACGCCUGUGGAUGGGCCCGCAGUUUCAGUUCAAGACGAUUCACCCGUCUGGCCAGACCACAGUGAUUUCCUCCAGCUCCUCUGUGCUGCAGUCUCAGGGACCCAGCGACACCCAGCAGCCACUGCUGGACUUCGACACCGACGAUCUGGACCUACACAGUCUCCGGAUCCAGCCUGUCCGCUCGGAGCCUGUCAGUAUGCCCGUCUCCUCAAGGAUAGUUGCAGAUCCCAGAGGGCAGUCCCCCAUGAUCGAUGCCGGAUCAGGAACCUUUGACCGCAGCGUGACUUUGCUGGAGGUGUGCGGCAGCUGGCCGGAGAGCUUCGGGCUGCGUCACAUGUCGUCCAUCGACAGCACGGAGGAAGGACUCCGCGAGAGGCUGGCAGACGCCAUGUCGGAGUCCCCUAGCAGGGACAUUGUCUGCUCCGGGACAGAGCUGCAGCGGGAGGGAAGCAUCGAGACGCUCAGCAACAGCUCCGGUUCCACCAGCGGAAGCAUUCCUCGCAAUUCUGAGGGAUACCACUCGCCUUACCCCACCAAUGAGAGCCAGCCCCUCAGCCUGUACCCCACAGGAUUCCCUUAAAUGAGCGUGCUAACAAGGAAACUGCCAUGUGACUAAUGGAAAAUUCCUCCAGCUCCACAAUCCUGACAUGUAACUGUAACCACCCUCAGCGGCCCACCAGUCGCUCAGUUAGGCGUGUGACACUGUGGACCGCUUAGUGAGGAUGAUCACAGGAUUACAUGUUUACCAUUGGUCCACUUAAACCUUGCCAGGGUUUUUCUUCUGGUUUGAUUGUUAGGAGCUUGUGUCAUGUACAGUAAAAUAAAAUUUAAAAAAACACAGCUAGGAUAUUUAAUAGAAGACCUAACCCAAUUAACUGCAUUGCUUAUUUAGUUUUUUUUUUUUUUUAAGAUGUAAUGGCUCAGUGCUAGCUGACUUUAGUUAGGCUCACCUUAAAUUUAAUUGCAUUUUAUUUGAAAUCUGAAUAUAAUGGGCUCUUUGUAUAAAGGAAAUGGCUGGAUUGGUUGGAAGAGCUCUGACUGGUGCGAUUCUUUCAGUGGGAGGGGCGUGAGGAUUGUCCAGUUAUCAUUGAAUCGUUGAAAGAUGCUGCCCUCUCGGGACUGUGGGAGCAGCAUUCCUACUCACAGCUCAUAUCUUCCCACUUUCACUCCAUCAAAGUCUCAAGUCAGAGUUUGUUGAACAUGCUUUUAAUUAUUAGCAUUAAAUAAAGAAAAACGGGCUUGGUGUAGUGUCACAUGUUGUGUCCUUAUUCCAGGUGCAGUAGUCUUUACUAGUUGUUACUGUACCCAUCAGAAUGUGUAGCCUGUAACAUUAAGAUGCAGGCUGGUGGAUGGCAUUGACCUGGGUAUAAAGAAGCACCCCGGGUGCCAUGCUCUGCCUGCAUUCGCAUCAUGGCUGCUUGCAUUUCUGGAGUCAGAAGAUUGUGAAACUGGCAGGUGUUUGGAUAGCUCACGUUUUCAGACCACGUCAGAACGUCCCCUCGGAAGUCUAGUACUUGGUUGAAGCAGCUAGUACACAAUGCUUGCUAUUUCCUGCUCUAAUAUUUCUCUAGGAUUCCGAACCAACACUCGUCAUAUUACAGCUUUUAAGAGCCGUGCAUUUCCAACAGGGAAAGUAAAUCACACCUUCCAGGACUCUGCAGAGGGAGACGAUUCAAAUAGGAAUGGAACGUGUGUAUUUUAAGAGCAGCAGCAGUGUGAGGCUGCACACCUGUCUGGUACAAUACAAUGGGUCUGCGUUUAUUCAGCUUCACUGGAGGGAUUGUGAUGCAGCUUAUUGAUCAUUAUGAAAAGGACAGUAUUUUUUAUUUUAUAAAACACGAUGCAUUUCAUUAUGUUUGUCAAGCAUACUUGCAAUAAAACGUUUAAUACCCA